UACCAAGUCUACGUUUCCUUUAGACUUUAUUGCGUAUUUUAAUUAUCAGUACUGUAUUUGCGUAUCAUAUGAGUGGCUUCUAGCAACGGUCAUUGACGCUUGCUAAGUUUUACGUAAAUUUCGUAAAGUUUUUGUGAAGAUAACUUAUUAAGAGACAUUGUGACAGAAUGAUGAAGCAAACAUUGACAUUAAUCCUGCUUAUAGCAGUCAUAAGUGAAAGCAAUGGAAUGUUAGGUGCCUUGAUGACGUUAAGUGACUUUAUGAACAUGGCAACUGGCAUAGCCGGUGCUCUUGGAACUGAGAGUUCUGGGCAGUUUGAGAGAGGAAAAGGCUGCACGAUAAACUGGUCAUACAAAGGUCAGGUGAAGGGGUUUAAGUGGAAAUACACGGGAAUCUGUUCUGAUACCUGUACUAAAGAAGUGGAGACAGUGUCUUACAAUAGUAAAGGCGGAGCAAUAGAACAUUGUUUAGAGAAUUUAUAUCACAAAAUAGCACGACAUGGAGAUCUUUAGAUAUGUGUUAUGAACAUAUUGAGUUUGUAUGAAAGACAUGACGUUCCAUAUAUUCAAAGAGUCUUAAAAUAAACUCUAAAAUACGAAUCAGAAAAUAUGACAUUGACGAUAUUUGUAUAUAUAACUGUUUAUAAUUGAAUGGCAACAGUUUUUCUUUUAUUCAGACAUAUAAUGACAAACAAACUUCUUAAGCACAAAUCCAUAUAUACUUGUUACAUGUAUGAGCUUGAUUUAAUCUACUUCUGCCGCAACAUCUUUUUUCGGCUUACUUACUUUCCAUUUCUAACAUAUUCAUACAAAUUGUUUUAAAGUUUUCUGUUUUCCUUUUGCCCAUUGUUGUCUGUUUUGACUUUUUAUUAUUUAGAUGAUAAACGUGUAGAGCAGUCUUUGAUAUAAACAACCUUAUAUUCU